AUGGCCGUGCAGCCGCCAACUGCUCCCGCGCUUUCGCCUGCUCCACCGUGUCCGCCUGGUGAAGAGUUCGAGCUGCACUUCAUAGGUGAGCUGGAGUUUGGUUGGGAGUUUCCAGGACUUUCUUCAGAUGAUGGGCUUUUCAUAGACUAUGCUGCGGAAGCUGGAAGCGACUGGCUGCCGAUCGCGAGAAAAGAGGGCUUUGUUGGUCAAACGCAGACAACCUACGCUGACGCGGAGGGCGUGUAUGUUUUUAACCAUCCGCUGGAUUUCCACUUCAUAGCUGAUUCGCUGGCUGGUUGGCCUCAGCUGCAUGUGCAAGUCUUCAAGCUGGAUGCAGCGGGUCGAGUUGAGACCAUCGCCUAUGGUUCUAGUGCUCUACCGAGCAUGCCGGGCCAUGCGGAACUUACCUGCCGCACGUGGAGGCCGCUCAAGAGCUCCAUCAUGGAGGAGGCUGGCACGUUUUCCCGCUCGGCUUCUGUCCGUUUCUGGAAGUUGCAUCCUGAGGUGCACGGGAUUCGUGUAUUCAAAUCAGGGCCGAGUACAUGGUCCUUCAUAAAAAGCAAGGGUCAAUUCAUCCGGGAGAAUCAUUAA